ACACACACUCACACACACACUCCGCAUUUCCACGCGUUCAGCCUGGAAACACAACAAGCUGCAAGCGUCCAGCUCCCACAACCUGCUUUUCCUCAUCAGAGGAACAACCAACAAAUUCCCGCAACUUCUCUAACUCAUUCUCCCACUUCUGCCGCGGGCAACAAACUUCCACCCGUUGCGGGACAUGCGGGGGUCUGGGGCUUUGUUAGCGGUGCUUGCGGUCCUGUCGGUCGGGCUGUGGAGCUCCGAGGCCGGGGUGAGGAUGCAGAAAGCGGCAGCGGGGAACAGCUCCGGUGACUCCCGGGAGGAGAGCUCCAGAGCAGCGGGACACGCCACCUGCCCUGGCCGCUGUCUGUGCGAGGGGGACGGGCUGCUGCACCGGGUGGACUGCUCGGACUUGGGGCUCCGGGAGAUACCGAGCAACCUGAGCGUGUUUACAUCCUACCUUGAUCUCAGUAUGAAUAAUCUGACUGUGAUGACCAGUGGAGCUUUGUCCAACCUGCACUUCUUGGAGGAACUACGUUUGGCAGGAAACGAUCUGUCCUUCAUCCCCAGAGGAGCGUUCAGUGGCCUCUACAACCUCAAAGUGCUAAUGCUCCAGAACAACCAGCUGAGAUCAGUUCCUGCUGAAGCACUCACCAACCUUCACAACCUUCAGUCUCUACGUCUGGAUGCGAAUCACAUCUCUGGCGUUCCGCCUGGCUGUUUCUUCGGUCUGCGCUCGCUUCGGCACCUCUGGCUGGAUGACAACGCUCUGACGGAGGUGCCAGUGAAGGCUCUCGGAGAGCUGCCGACCCUGCAGGCCAUGACGCUCGCCCUCAACCACAUCGCCCACAUCCCCGACCACGCGUUCAGCAAGCUGGGUCGCCUAGUGGUGCUGCAUCUCAACAACAAUAGGAUCGUUUCCAUGGGCAACAACUGCUUCCACGGACUCCACAGUCUGGAGACGCUGGAUUUAAACUACAACAGCCUGGUUGAGUUUCCUACGGCCAUCCGCUCACUCAGCCACCUCAAAGAGCUAGGUUUUCACAGCAACAACAUCCAGUCCAUCCCAGAACACGCCUUCACCGGGAACCCGUCUCUCAUCUCCUUAUUGUUUUAUGACAAUCCAAUCCAGUCUGUGGGACGUUCGGCCUUCCAGAACCUUCCAGAGCUUCGGACGCUAUCUCUGAACGGUGCAGCAGAACUCGCAGAGUUUCCAGAUCUGUCGGGAACCAAGGGUCUGGAGAGCCUGACCAUCACUGGAGCUCGUAUCACGUCUCUUCCCAGUUCGAUGUGUGAGCAGCUUCCAAACCUUCAGCUGCUCGACCUCUCGUAUAACAAGAUCCAGACUCUUCCAAGCUUCACUGGCUGUGAAAGCAUCCAGAAGAUUGAUCUCCACCAUAACGAGAUCGAGGAGCUGAGAGAGAACACCUUCACCGGCCUGAUGACACUUCGCUCACUAGAUUUAUCCUGGAAUCGGUUGUCAUCUGUGAAGCCAAACUCAUUCUUUGCUCUAACGUCUCUCUCCAAACUUGACCUGUCGUCCAAUCAGCUGUCCUCUCUGCCUCUCACUGGUCUGCAGAGUUUAACUCACAUUCGGCUGGUGGGAAACGAUCAGCUGAUGGAGUUAAUACCCCGAGAAGACCUGCCACGAGUCAGGGUGAUGGAGCUUCCCUUCGCCUUCCAGUGCUGCGCCUUCAUCUCCUGUGAGGCAAGAGGAGAAGGAGGAUUAUCCUGGGAAAGAGAAGAGGCGGCAGACUCUACAGCGAGAGACGCUCCUUUCCUUUCCGGUCACGUGGAUCAGGACUGGGACGAUUUUCUGAUGGAGUUUGAAGACGAACCCAAACCUGAACACUCUGUUCACUGCAGCCCGGCUCCAGGUCCGUUCCAGCCGUGUCUCCGCCUUCUCGGCAGCUGGAUGAUCCGAGGCGGCGUCUGGCUCAUCGCUGCGAUCUCAUUGGUCAGCAACGGUCUCGUCGUCCUGUUGGUCUUCUUCUCUCCAGCCAGCGUCGUCACGCCCCCCAAGCUCCUGAUUGGCCUGCUGGCUCUGGUGAACGGCCUGAUGGGAGUGUGGAGCGGCUGGCUGGCGGCGGUGGACGCCUGGACGUUUGGCAGCUUCUGGAGGUUCGGGGUGAAGUGGGAGAGCAGCUUCCUGUGUCGCCUCAGCGGCUUCCUGUGUGUGUUUGCGUCUCAGACCGCACUCUUCCUGCUGACCGUCGCGGCUCUGGAGCGAUGUCUGUCUGCUGCAGGUGCAACGCAGAGCAGCAAAACCGACAGGAGCAGCGGUCGUUCUUCGUCGCCGCUCUUCAUCCGUUUGUCGAUCUUCCUCUGCUUCCUGCUCGGCUUCGUCGUCACUCUGCCUCCGCUGAUGGCCGGUCACAGCAGCUCCUCCUUCUGUUUGCCGCUGCCUUCGUCGUCCUCAUCUUCCUCUUCCCUGGCCUUCGUGGUCUCCCUGGUGCUCUUUGACUCGCUCUGUUUCCUCGUCAUGACGCUCGCCUACACUCGCCUCUACUGCCGCGCCAGCAAAGCUCCGCCAAACUCCGACGACGACGCGGCGUUGACUCGUCACGUCGCCUGGUUGCUCUUCUCCGACUGCCUGCUCUACCUCCCCGUCGCCUUCCUGUCCUUCUCCUCCCUCCUGCGGCUCCCUGCCACUGGGCCGGAGGCCGCGAAGGGAGUCCUGCUGCUCGUGACGCCGCUUCCGGCUUGCGUAAACCCGCUUCUCUAUCUCCUCUUCAAUCCGCUCGCCAGGGGAGAGCUGGCGGCGCUGGCGGCUGGCGCCCGCAGGGGCACAGUGGCGUCAAAGUUACAGAGAAGAGGCAUGACUGGAGGACGGCCGCUGGAUUCAACGUAUGACGAAGACGCGGAGAAACAGUCAUGUGACUCGACUCAAGCGCUGGUGGUUGUGGAAGGUGUGAAGAAAGAGGAGGAGCAGAGGAGCAAGACGCAACCGUCGCUGUCGGCCGCCCAACGUCGCUAAACGGACAUGAAACUCACACGUGUAGCGUUUGUUGGUCUGACCUGACAAAAGCUUGAAGAUUGAUCCCAAAGGUUCUGCUUCAUUCUUAGACUUAGACUCGUACUUUAUUGAUUACUGGGGAAGACUCCCUCAGGAAAUUGAAGUUACCAGAAAAGUGGCACCCAGUGCCCAAAAUACAAAAGAAUACAACAAAUACAAGUUAAAUACAAAGGUACACACUAAAUGUGUAGCCGAAACCCUAAAUUAAGCAAAAAAUAAGCAAGGAAUAAGAAUAUAAAUAAAAUAUAAAUACAACACAAAAGAAAAUAUAGGAAUUUGGCAGAUAGAUUGACCAGUGAUAUGGUAUCGCACUAUAUGGUUUGGCCUGAUAAGCAUGGCUAUUUGCAGAAAAGUACAAGGGGUCACUUCUCCUUCUUCCCUCUGUCCUGUUCUAACGGAACCUUCAAAAUCUGCCUCAUUUUAACAGGAAGCUGUUGUUCAAAAUUCCCAUUUACACUUCAAUUUGGGUUUGAACUGCUUCUAAAAGCAGAUAAAGCACUUAAAAUAACAGUAAGUUCAUGUUUUUGAUGUGAGGAAAAUGAGCCAUUUCAAAAACCUCCCAUAUAUUAAAUCACAUUAUACUUGCACUAUGCCAUCACCUAGCAACUAGUGGAAUUCCACCUGUUACCUAGCAACCCAGGUCAGCUGGUUUUACUCUGUAUGCGCUGUACAAUGGCUGCUGGAAAAGACAAGAGUUUUGUUGUUCACUUACCAUCCGGAAACUAAUUGCUGCAUUUUUGUUGGUUGUGCAGGAGGCUCCACUUCUGCUUUUUAAAGAUGUACGCUUGAAUAGUUGUGCAUCUGUUUGCAGCUAUUUUACGAGUGAGUGUAAACAGUGAGUUGGGGGCGUGGCCAGCAGCAGCUUAUUUGGACUUAAAGUGACAAGACGUAAAACGGCUGAAAUCUGAUUAUCUAAAUAUAAAAUAUAAUGAACAUGAUUUGUAUAGGCCAUAGAAAGAACCUGUUGCAAAAAGCAGAACAGAUCAUCCUUUAGGUUUCAGGGCAUGAAAGUAAAGGAACUUCAGCCUUUGGUGGAAAAUCCAGCAUGUUUCAGUGAGACAGAUUUCUAUGACGGAGAUGGAAAAAUGGGGCAAAUUUCCACAAAAAUAUUAAGAAAUUUUCAGUUUAAUUUCAGAAAUUGUCUUGAAAAAUGUAAGCAGAAUAUUUUCUUGGUUAAUCUCAGAGAUUUUCUUUUUGAGUUUCAAAAGUAAAAAAUAUAUAGAAAUUUUGGAAAGUUUCUGAAUUUGAAAAUUCAGAAAUUUUCAACAUUUGAAACUCAGAAAACUACAAAGUUUUUUUCAAGAUUUUUUUUAAAAAAUUUUUCUCAAAAAACUUUUUGUACAGAUUUUUGACUUUUUAAACUCAGAAAUUUUCUGACAUUAAUCUAAAAAUUUGAGGGUUUUUUUCUCACAAAUAUUGGCUUUUCAAUUUUUUGAAAAGCCAAUAUUUAUGCCAAUUUUUUGGGAUAAAUAAUUUUUUUUCUACACUGGUUCUAAUACGGCAUUGUAUUUCCCCCAUUUAUUCCCUGUCAUCACUAACACAGCUGGUUUGCGUGACUCUUCUCCCGAUACAGGAAAUCCUGAUAAUUUGAAGCAUAAGUAGCUGAUUGACGUGAUUUCUGAGAAUAUAAAUACAUUUUUUAGGUUUUAUUGUUGAUUUAUUUGGUGUUUUUAUGUGGCAAUCCCAUGUAAAUGAGGCCAAAACACAUCCAGAAAUGACUUUAGGGGACCAGAUUUCAUAAAUUUUUGCUCUGCUUUUCCAGCUGUUGUCAGGUGAGAUCAAACCUAAAGUCCAGCAAAUGUAGCAGCUGAAGAAGAGAAGCCUGAACUCAUUUUUCAAUUUUUUUCUGUUUUGACCAGGCGGUUUGUUUCAGACAUCAUGAAGGGUUUCAUUUUAAAACAUGGUUUUGCAGCAACGCGCCACCAAAUGUUGGUGCUAACGUCUCGUGUUUCUGCGAGCGAGUGUGAAAACUGCAGCCCGCGUGAGAGUUUCGUCAACCCGGAGGAGAAAACCAGCUGCAGAAUCAUCCGUCCAUUCAGUCUGAAAUGUUUAUGUCUUUAAGCUCAUUCUGGCCUCAUUUUCAGGUCACGAGUAUAAAAAUAAUCUGUUUUUGUGUUGUAAAUAGGCGCUACUGUGACAAUCUUCAUUUACGUAGACUGUGAGAUUUCUGUUUUUUCAAGGUUUUUGUUGUGUGUAUAUUACAGUUGUUUUUUUAACGCUCGUCGUUUUCAUGUUUGUCAUGUGAAGUGGUGAUUGUGAACACUGUUUCACAUAAAUGUGACCUAAAAUACCUGCAGAUUUUCUCACCUCUCUUGCUAAACCUUUGGGCAGGAGAAACAUUUUCUACUUCAUUUAUUUAUUUUCUUUUUUUAAAUGGUCUGACGUUAUAUAUAUUGUAGAGGAAAAAUUUUAAUCUUUGCUUCUUGUGGUGAUUUAAUGGACGUUUUACAGUCAUCUGCUUUUGAAUACAUCAACUCUGAUGAGUCUUAAAUCAAAGCUACUUUAUGUAUUUCAGUAUAUUUUAAACUAAUAUUUAAAAAAUGGCUGAGAAGUUUAAGAAAUGAAACCUGCUUUGGUUAACAUAGAAACUUUGAUUUAUAACCAUAAUUUUGCUUUAACUAUAAUCAAAUAAAAUAUUAAACUUUAACAAAAAUAAAUGAUUACUUAUUUUCAGUUAAGUGCUCCAUAGUUCUGGCAAUUUAAGGACAUGUCUGAAGACAAAUGACAAAAAUGGAUGAUAAAAAACAUUUUUUGCUGUUUGAGUAAAUUUAAUGCUAAUAUUUAAUAAAAGGUUUUGGGGGGGUUUUUUAUCUGAAAUUCAGACUCUCCACACUUUUCAUUUAACUGAAGAAUAAAAUGUUGCAAAACAAGAUUUGUUUUAAUCUUUUCCCUUGAUUAGAUAAGUAGUAUUAAAAUGAUCCAGCUGUGUGAAUUUUCCGUACGAUUGGGUAUUUAAAAAUUAAUUUUGACUAAGUAAUUAAAACUGGAUUUUUAAAAUAUAGAUUCAAACAGUAGAGCUGUUAAAAUAUAUGAAAAGGAUCAAUUCACUGUCAAACUGCAUUUUUUCCAGUGUUAAAUUAUUUCCAUACUUAUUUGCUGGUAUUUUGAAAAGCAAAGGUAUUUUUAUUAUUUUGGGUCAAUCAUGUUUUCAUAACCUUUUUGCUGUAUUUUUCAGGUGGGAAUUAGAAAAUAAAGUUAUUUCAUCUGAAACAAACUUAAAUGGAUAAAUUCAGCAACACUUCAGAUGAGUCUGCCUCAAAUAUUAAUAGUUAUAACAAGAAAAAACACAUAAAAUCUCAAUUUAUUUGUAACCACAAGGUAAUGGUUGAAUAACAGAAAUGUGAUCAGAGGGACCGGGAAUCAAACAAUGACCUUCCGAUUGCAGCAAGACUACUUGAUAUAUUGUUAUUGACACAUUGCAUAAAUUACAGGGUUUGAACAAGUUAUAGUAUUCCUAUCUUUGUAUUUAUUGGAUUUCCUCUCAGUUCUCCUUCAUUAUCAUGUUCAUUUAGUUUAUAUAUCAGCUUUUUCUGUGUAUUUCACCCAAAGUCUUAUAUGGGCAGAUUUUUCUUUGAUAUCGUCCCAUUUUAUUUUUUUAAUUACACAGACACUUAAAUACACAAGUAGAUGGAAAUUAUUUUAGAUUGUGGUUUCUGCCUUCCUCAAAAUUUGCCCCACAGUUGGUCUAAUUGUAACAACAUUUAAUAACUUUGGUAAAAGAAUUUGUCUUGAUAUGUUCUUCUGUAUGUGAAGUGGUGAUUUCUGGUAAAAACACGUUUUCAGUGUUGUACUUUCAAUAUCUAACGCUUUCAAAAUAAAACAAAUCAGCUGAAAUAAGAGGGCGGGGCUUAAGCCUAGGCCCCGCCCUUUUUAUGUGUCACCACAGCAACCAUUAAAUGAAUAUAGAAAAAAUUAAUAAUCAAAAAGCAUGACUAUGAAUGUGUGCUGUGUUAAAAGUUUGCUGCUGCACUUUUCUGUAAUCAGUACUUAAAAUGUAAACAAAUUAAAUGUUUCCUGAAACGUAAAAUGGUUCUUCCCUCCAAAUGUUCUUCUUGUAAAUCUUUGUAAAGUACUUCAAGUGUUUGUUGGAGUGUAGUUUGUCAAGUUUAGCUUGACGUUACAGUUUGUGACGUAAAUAAAUCAGCAGU